UUCAGUCAGCAUUCCAGCCUAAUGACACACCAGAGGACUCACACAGGAGAGAAACCCUUUGAAUGUCCUGAUUGUGAGAAAUGUUUCAAUGAUAAUUCCAGCCUGGUUAGACACCAGAGGAUUCACACAGGAGAAAAACCCUUUGAAUGUCCUGUUUGUGGGAAAAGUUUCAGUACCAAUUCCAACCUUGUGACACACCAGAGGACUCACACAGGAGAGAAACCCUUUAAAUGUCCUGAUUGUGGGAAAAGUUUCAGUCAAAGUUCCUGUCUCAUUGCCCACCAGAGGAUUCAUGCAGGAGAGAAACCGUUUGAAUGUCCUGUUUGUGGGAAAAGUUUUAGUCAAAAUUCCCACCUCGUGGAACACCAGAGGACUCACACAGGAGAGAAACCUUUUGAAUGUCUUCACUGUGGGAAAAGUUUCAGUCAGAACUCCACCCUUGUUCAACACCAGAGGAUUCACACAGGAGAAAAACCCUUUAAAUGUCCUGACUGUGGGAAAAGUUUCCGUCAUAAUUCCAACCUCAUCGGCCACCAGAGGAUUCACACAGGAGAGAAACCCUUUGAAUGUCCUGAUUGUGGUAAAAGUUUCAGUCACAAUUCCAGCCUGGUGAAACACCAGAGGAUUCAUACAGGAGAGAAACCCUUUAAAUGUCCUGACUGCGGGAAAAGUUUCCGUCAUAAUUCCAACCUCAUCGGCCACCAGAGGGUUCAUACAGGAGAGAAACCAUUUGAAUGUCCUGAUUGUGGUAAAAGUUUCAGCAAGAAUUCCAACCUGGUUAAACAUCAGAGGACUCACACAGGAGAGAAACCCUUUAAAUGUCCUGACUGUGGGAAAAGUUUCAGUCAAAGUUCCUAUCUCAUUGUCCACCAGAGGAUUCAUGCAGGAGAGAAACCAUUUGAAUGUCCUGUUUGUGGGAAAAGUUUUAGUCAAAAUUCCCACCUCGUGGAACACCAGAGGACUCACACAGGAGAGAAACCCUUUAAAUGUCUUGCUUGUGGAAAAAGUUUCAGUCAGCAUUCCAGCCUAAUGACACACCAGAGGACUCACACAGGAGAGAAACCCUUUAAAUGUCCUGAUUGUGAGAAAUGUUUCAAUGAUAAUUCCAGCCUGGUUAGACACCAGAGGAUUCACACAGGAGAAAAACUCUUUGAAUGUCCUGUUUGUGGGAAAAGUUUUAGUACCAAUUCCAACCUUGUGACACACCAGAGGACUCACACAGGAGAGAAACCCUUUAAAUGUCCUGACUGUGGGAAAAGCUUUAGUAAGAAUUCCAGCCUGGUGACACACCAGAGGACUCACACAGGAGAGAAAACCUUUAAAUGUCUUGAUUGUGGAAAAAGUUUCAGUGAGCAUUCCAGCCUAAUGACACACCAGAGGACUCACACAGGAGAGAAACCCUUUAAAUGUCCUGAUUGUGAGAAAUGUUUCAAUGAUAAUUCCAGCCUGGUUAGACACCAGAGGAUUCACACAGGAGAAAAACCCUUUGAAUGUCCUGUUUGUGGGAAAAGUUUCAGUACCAAUUCCAACCUUGUGACACACCAGAGGACUCACACAGGAGAGAAACCCUUUAAAUGUCCUGAUUGUGGGAAAAGUUUCAGUCAAAGUUCCUAUCUCAUUGGCCACCAGAGGAUUCAUGCAGGAGAGAAACCUUUUGAAUGUCUUCACUGUGGGAAAAGUUUUAGUCAGAACUCCACCCUUGUUCAACACCAGAGGAUUCACACAGGAGAAAAACCCUUUAAAUGUCCUGACUGCGGGAAAAGUUUCCGUCAUAAUUCGAACCUCAUCAGCCACCAGAGGAUUCACACAGGAGAGAAACCGUUUGAAUGUCCUGAUUGUGGUAAAAGUUUCAGUAACAAUUCCAGCCUGGUGAAACACCAGAGGAUUCAUACAGGAGAGAAACCCUUUAAAUGUCCUGACUGUGGGAAAAGUUUCCGUCAUAAUUCCAACCUCAUCGGCCACCAGAGGGUUCACACAGGAGAGAAACCGUUUGAAUGUCCUGAUUGUGGUAAAAGUUUCAGCAAGAAUUCCAACCUGGUUAAACAUCAGAGGAUUCACACAGGAGAGAAACCCUUUAAAUGUCCUGACUGUGGGAAAAGUUUCAGUCAAAGUUCCUAUCUCAUUGUCCACCAGAGGAUUCAUGCAGGAGAGAAACCGUUUGAAUGUCCUAUUUGUGGGAGAAGUUUUAAUCAAAAUUGCCACCUCGUGGAACACCAGAGGACUCACACAGGAGAGAAACCUUUUGAAUGUCUUCACUGUGGGAAAAGUUUCAGUCAGAACUCCACCCUUGUUCAACACCAGAGGAUUCACACAGGAGAAAAACCCUUUAAAUGUCCUGACUGUGGGAAAAGUUUCCGUCAUAAUUCCAACCUCAUCGGCCACCAGAGGACUCACACAGGAGAGAAACCAUUUGAAUGUCCUGAUUGUGGUAAAAGUUUCAGUAACAAUUCCAGCCUGGUGAAACACCAGAGGACUCACACAGGAGAAAAACCCUUUAAAUGUCGUGACUGUGGGAAAAGUUUCAGUCAGAAUUCCACCCUGGUUCAACACCAGAGGAUUCACACAGGAGAGAAACCCUUUUAAUGUCCUGCCUGUGGAAACAGUUUCUGUCAGAAUUCCAACCUCAUUGGCCACCAGGGGAUUCACAUAGGAGAGAAACCCUUUGAAUAUCCUGAUUGUGGAAAAGUUUCUCUCAGAAAUCCCCGCUCGUGCACCGGAGGACUCCCACAGGGGAGAAACCAUACGGGUGUCCAGACUGUGGGAUAGAUUUUGGAAUUAGGACUAAUCUUCUUAAUCAUAAGCUUAUACACACAGGGGAGAAACCAUUUGAGUGCCCUGUGGAUGGUGCUUCAGGAAACCUUCCACCCUUAUUGCACACAAGAAAAUCCACAUGAGGCCCUAAGUGAUGAAUGUAGAGAAGGUUUGAAUUUCAUUUCUAAUGUUCCAUUGUAAGUCCAGCUGAGAAAUUGACAGUUAAAUUUGACUAUAAACAAUUUGUCUAAUUUUUUGUAGGCAAAUAUGUAAUUGUAUUAGACGGGAAAGAGGAAAAGAAAAAAUUGCAACAUAUAAGUUUGAUAAGAAGUUGCUGGAAGAACUUGCUGGAUAAAAAGUUGCUGGAUAUAGAUA